AUGGGAGAUAGAAGUUGGCACCUUGUGUUAUUCUCGUUGUGUAUUUUCUUCAGUUCAGGUCUAGGAACAGCCAUAACAUUAAGAGAAGAAGAAAAGCAAGAAAUCUCAUCAUAUGAAUUUAGUACUAAAUUGGAUGCAGUUCCUAUCGUCAACCCUACAACUCCAGGCACAGCAAAUCCAUAUCCUACGAUAAACCCAACAUCUCCUCAAACACCUGACACAAUAGGGCAAACCCCAUCAUCCCCCACAACCCCAUAUACAAACCCUACAACCCCCACAAACCCAUACACAAACCCUACAACCCCCACAAAUCCAUAUGCAAACCCUACAACCCCCACAAACCCAUAUGCAAACCCUACAACCCCCACAAACCCAUACACAAACCCUACCACCCCCACAAACCCAUACACAAACCCUACAACCCCAACUACAACUCCAGCCAGUCCAACUGCAACUCCUACAACCCCAACCACACCCACUCCUGCAUCAGCAGGUGGUCAAUGGUGUGUGGCAAGCCAAUCAGCUCAAGACAGCACUCUAAAGGUGGCUCUUGAUUAUGCUUGUGGGUAUGGUGCAGACUGUUCAGCAAUUCAACCAGAAGGAAGUUGUUAUAACCCAAAUACUCUGAAAGACCAUGCUUCCUAUGCAUUCAAUGACUACUACCAGAAGAAUCCAGCACCUACGAGCUGUGCAUUUGGGGGAACAGCAACACUUACAAACAAAGAUCCAAGUAAUGGGAACUGCCACUAUACAUCAUCCAAAUCACCAAGAAUGAGUACACCAACAUCUGUAAGCCCACCGAAUCCACCAAGUACUAUGACCCCAACUACACCAAGUUCGACAAUUCCUGGAACACCAAGCAUGACAAUUCCUGAUGGAACAUCGGUCUAUGGUGCACCACCGACAGGAAACCCCAAUAUAGCCACAUCUGCUUCUCAUUCGAUAAUGCUGCUACUUACUUCAUUUGGCCUCUGGGUAUCACUUCAUGUAGAAAAUUACAUCUAG